AUUCUCCAAGCACUGACUGCCCAUCCACUCUGACCACAGCCAGGAGCCACAUCCCACUGUCUCCUCAGCAUCCAUCCAUGGAGGUGAGCACCGUGUCCCCUCUUUUCACUUCACCAAACAAUGGAACCACUCAGUGUGACAUCAGUGUCUCCAACAUGGCUGUAGACUUUGUGACGCUGCUCAUCGGCCUCUGUGGGCUGGCUGGGAAUGGGGCAUUCCUCUGGCUCCUCCACAUUGAUGCCCUCACUUACUUUGUGGCAUUCAACCAGGCCAGCAUCGACUUCCUCUUCCUCAUCAUUAUGGUCCCCUCCACCCUGUUCUUCCUUGUGGAGGAAGUGUCCUGCUCUGCUAUAAUGCCCCAAAUGUAUUUGAGCUUGCUUUUCCAGCUUUCAAUGGUCUCCUACAGUACAGGGCUCUACCGGCUGUCGUUCAUCAGCAUUGAGAGGUGCAGGUCCAUCCUCUGCCAGUUUUUCUGUGGUUGCCAAAUUUCUGAGCGCCUGCUGUUGGUGGUGAUGAAAAUCCUGUUCUGGGCCUUGUUCUUUGUUGUCGUCGCUGUCAAUCCCAUGGUGACUUCCCAGUGCCAGUCACACGAGCGGGAGCAAUGCCAGGUGGCUCUCACCUCCAUGUACGCUCUCAACCUCUCCCUAUUUGCUGCACCCAUGGUCAUUUCCUGCACAAUCCUCUUCAUUAAUUUCAAGCCUGGCUCCCAGCAGCAGCAACACAUGAGGCUUGACAUUGUUAUCUUCCUCGUUGUACUCCUCAGUCUGCCCCUCAGUCUCUGGUCUUUCCUGCAGCAGCUCGGUUACACGGCUGUGCCCUCCCAGGUGGUUUUCCUGCUCACCUGCAUCACCAGCAGCAUCAAACCCUUCAUCAACAUCUUGGUGGGGACCUGGAAGAGAGACUGCUCCAUGAGGAGCUGCUGGAGACACUGCUCCAUGCAGAGCUACAGGAGGCACUCCUCUGUGCAGUCCCUAAGGAAGGCGAUCCACAGGGUGUUUGAGGAGCCAAAAGAAAACACUGCCCACAGCACUGAACCUACCAUGGACACAGAGGCCUGAGUCUAUUGAUCCCUUGCACUGCACUGCUGAAGGACCCUGGGACAGUGGCUGAGAGAUUCCUUGAGUCUCCUGGUCAGUAAAUGCCCACAGUGUCACCCUCCCUGUGCUGGGGCAUCCCCAGCCCCUUUCCAGGCCGCUCUGGGCUCUGAUCCGUGCUUGUGAGGCCUCAGCCUUGAGGAGCAGCCCCUGGGCUCAGCUGCUCUGGCGCUGAUCAGAAACACCCUCUGCUCCCAGGAACUGCUGCUGUCCAACCACCUCCUGGGCCUUUAUCAACAGCCUUGGGAAUUGUUUUCCUUCCCUGAAGGCCACAGCAUCCCUGCUGUCCCACUUUCCCAGAGAGCUGCCUGCCCGAAGUGUGGCCAGGGUGAAACAUUGCUGUGAGUGACGCCCAUCCCUUGGGGCCUGUGAGCAGCGGCCCAAAAGGAGACCCUUGGAGCUCUCCUGGGCCCAGCAGCGCUGAGCAGAAGCUCCCUGGGAGUGGGGCCUCUCUGAGCUGGGAUCUCUCCCGUCUGCUGCCCUCGGCUGAUCCCCGAACGCCGACGGCUCCUGGGCCGAUCCCCAGUGCUCCAGGCCCAGCCCUUGGCCCAGUGAGGAGAUGCAGAGGGAUCCCCAGGGAGCAUUUCACUGCCUGCCAGGGGAAUUUCUCACAGGGACCUUGCACUGACUCUUUCUGGCCGUGUGCACACACGUGUGCAUCUGCUGUGGCAAAUGUGGCACAAAUGCUGCUCUCUCAGGUGUGUUAGUGCCUGAGACAUCUGAGUGGGUCAGGCCUGGAGGCAAGGUUAAGGCAUGAGAUACCUUUCCAGCUAAAUGCUGUUCUUGUUCUUUCUUUGCUAAAUUGUUAAUUUUAAUGUACAAAAGCGGCAGUGGCUGGGAGAAGGAGAGAUCUCAGGAUUUUCUCUGGUCUGGUUGGGAAGAUCCCGAGGUGUGUCUCUGUUAAAAGUCUCUUUUCCCCAGCCCAGCAACCAAAGAAGGAGUCAAGAAGUCUUCAGUUCACAUUCUCAAGGUUGUUUAUUAUUUCUUUAUCUCAAACAUUUUCUGUGUGGUCUGCCAAGAUCUGUUCAGCAGGUCAGCUCAAGGCACUCUCUUUGCCUCUUGGGCUGGUGCUAUCUUUUAUACUAAAAACUACGUAUACUAUGUUUACAGUUAUUUUCCAAUACCUAUCACCUAUGUUAGACAGUGACUUUCUGCUCUAAACCAAUCUGUGAAUGCCAACAUCGUCCUGAACAUGGAUGCCAGGGAGAAGAAAGAAAAAGUACAGGGCACGCCCAAAUCCCUCCAUCUUGGAACCCCUGCCCCCCAUGUACAAAAUUUUAAACCCCCCUGUACAAGUUUCAAAACCCCCUGUACAGUGCUCCAAAAUUUUUCCCUUCACCCUUUGAUUGCUACUACUAUGCUACUUAAACUUUUGUGACCUGUAAUUCUUCGUAUAAGGUUGGCAAUUUGCUCCAUGGGUUGAGAUAGAAUUCCCAGAUGUCUUUGGCUUCCUGCCAGGGUCUCCAAACCCCUGCCAGGGCUUUGAGACAUCCAGGGCAUCCAGAGAGAUGUCCUGGGUUCCGACACAGAGACACUGCUCAUGGUCCUGGGUGCACAGGGCAGGAGCGGGGCUGUCAUAGGGGAAAAGGCAGCCCCAGGGUAGGUCUGGAGUUUGUCAGAAGGGUUCAGAAGGGUCAGAGAGUUCUGGAAGGGUCUGGAUGCUGCUGAUCCCAAAUGUUCCAACUGGAGGGCAGCAGAGACUGAUGGGCAGUGCUUCAAGGAAAGGGAGCAGCCAUGGGACGGGACGGGACGGGACGGGACGGG